AUGUCGGAUACGCGACUUAAUUUUUCGCAAGAAGACUUAAAAGCAGCCCUGUAUGGGCGGGAAACUUCCAUAUAUGGACAAACAGGCUGCGUUCUUAGCAAGUCCCUGCCACAUGAAUUAAAGAUAGUUAAAGUCUUGAGUGCUGGAAACCCGCGUUACGGUGUCUUUUGUGGUCAGCUGCGCAUCAAGAAGGGCAUGCGCUUCGGUCCGUACACGGGGAGCAUUGUUUGUCCAGAGGAAAUGGCUACAGGUUCUGUUCAAAGAGAAUUCCUGUGGGAGACUCUUCCUUCAAAGAAAGUUUAUGGCCUGUUCACCCUAGUCUUGAAUUGGAUAUUUAUGGACGGGCACUUUCGCUACUAUAUAGAUGGUUCCGCAAACCAAAAGAACUGGAUGAAGUUUGUAAGCUGUGCCCGGCACGUUGCCGAGCAAAACCUAGUACUAGUACAACAGGAAUACUCGUUGUAUUACGAGGCCACGCGCGUGAUAACGGAGGGAGUGGAGUUAAAGGUGUGGUACGGCGACGGAUAUAAGGUGUUCAUGGGGAUACCCCUGGGAUUAAAGAUUGAACAGGAAGGUGAGUUACAUGCAAAGUGUGGCAUGUUGACAAAUAGCUCAAUCUACCCUUGUCAUCGUUGUGGUAAAGUUUUCGCCUACAAGUACUACCGUGAGCGCCAUCUUAAAUACACGCGCUGUGUUGAUUACGGAGACCGGAAGUUCCCCUGCUCCCUGUGUAGCCGCUCCUUUGAUAAGCGUGACCGCUUACGCAUUCACAUUCUGCACGUGCAUGAUAAAUAUCGCCCACACCAGUGCACAGAAUGCGGGAAAAGUUUCUCCCAGUCGUCCAGCCUCAACAAGCACAUGCGGAUUCACAGCGGAGAGAGGCCCUAUAGAUGCCCACAUUGCGUCAAAUGCUUCACGGCUUCUUCCAUUCUGCGCACGCAUAUCCGUCAGCACAGCGGCGAGAAGCCAUUCAAAUGCAGACAUUGCGGGCGCGCGUUCGCCUCACACGCGGCGCAUGACAGUCACGUGCGGCGCAAUCAUUACAAGAAUGUCAUCCGUGGAGUAGAAGACAAAGCCCUGGUUAGGAUUUCGCGUCUUUCAUGACUUGACUCUCAAUCCUUCCGUUCAGUUCUGAUGCAUGUGUAUAACAACAUCUUUUUCUCCAGAUUACACUUACCUCGUGUCUUGUCGCUCGAAACUUGUUGUAUUACCAGCGAUAAAUCACUUUUGAUGCCAGUUGAUAAAUAUUGUUUGCCACUUGCUGUUUAAGUUCUGGCUCCGGCUAUGAAUAAAGGUUUGGAUUAAUUAGACAGUUAGACGAGUGCACGGUGCUUUCUUGUUCCGACUUCUCUUCCCUUUAAUUUCCCACUCCCUAUAUCACCCGAUUCCCUUGCUCCAAAUAUCCAUUCCUCGAGCUAUAAGCCUCCUCGAACC